AUGCGGUUCACGAGUCUAAGAAGGCUUUCAAAGCGGUCCAGGCGUGCAAUUAUAUAUUCAACAGUUUGUCUAACUUGUCUUUUUCUCUUUCUCAGAAUCAGAGCAAAGAGAAGCCAAAGUGCCUCCGAAAAGUAUGCAUUAUUGCUGGACCAGGGCCACGAGAAUGACGUGGUGGUAGACAUGAAGUUUUCCACGUGCCAUGGGCUGUUUGGGUACUUCCCGUUCUGCCGAAAGAGUAUAACCAAUCCGGACUCUGCGUGGAUACGAGUGCCGAAAGAUAUAUAUUUGGGAAGAAGGUGGUCCAGGCAAGUUUUUCUGGACUAUCGUUUGGAAGACAAGGAUAAGAUAUUGGAGCUGGGAAGUUCCACUAUCAACGAAGUUCAUGUGGCCAUGGAAAAGGAAAAAGAAAAAGUUGAUGAUGACUUGAGCUGGGAUACAAUUGGAUACGGUAUUACGGUUGAAAGAGGCCGAUACGACCCGGAGAAGAGCAUAACUGGUGUGAAUUUCUUGUUUGGGCGAAUGGCAACCGAUCCAAGGCCCGGAUGGACGGUUAUUGAGAAGCCAUUGGAGGUGGACUUGCAGAAAGAAGACAAUUUAGGACUUCUUGAGACACCGGAUGAGGACCUUACUACGGAUCACCAUAUUUACGAUGACGAGUGCUACAUGUCGGUUCAACGGAGAAAUGCGGUGAGCGAGGAGGACUCUGUCAAAAGCACGGCCUCGUAUCAGACGGAACUUUCAUUCAAAGAGGACGGAAAGUUCAAAAUCCUGCAAGUGGCAGAUGCACAUCUGGUGGCUGGAUAUGGCAGAUGCAGGGAUCCAUGGCCGACGGUAUCAAACGAGGAGGCCUGCCUUGCAGAUGUUCGCACUAUGAACUUUAUUACAUCUGUUUUGGACAUCGAGAAGCCGGAUCUGAUCGUAAUGACUGGUGAUCAGGUGUUCGGAAGCGAGAGUAAGGAUGUCGAGACUGCCAUGUUCAAGCUAGUGAAACCCUUUGUUGACAGAAAGAUUCCAUACGCGGUCAUGAUGGGAAACCACGACUCGGAGGGGAAUCUAUCCAGAAAGCAGAUCUACCAGCUUCUGCAGAGUUUGCCUUACUCCGUUUCGGAGGCAGGUCCUGGUUACGUAAGUGGGUAUGGCAACUAUGUUCUCACUGUUACCAGCAGCGAGCAGGGCGAUAAAAACGGUCUUAUCAUGUAUUUCUUGGACUCGCACUCUUACUCGCGGUCCAAAGUCCCCGGAUACGACUUUUUGAAAGAUGACCAGAAGGUAUUUGUGCAGAAUUCAUACACGAAGAAUUCGGUGAACCUGGUUCCCGUCGGCAAAAUAACCACCGACCGGACAUCCGACGGUAGACCUCUCUCGAUGGCCUUUUUCCACAUCCCGCUACCCGAAUAUAGGGAGUUUAAAACGCCUGAUAACGCCGACAGACCAAUAAGUGGAAGCUACAAAGAGGGAUGUACUGCCCCGAUGUACAAUUCGCACAUGUAUGAUGUUUUUAAGGGAAUUGGUGUUUCCGUUGUUUCUGUUGGGCACGACCAUUGUAACGAUUAUUGCAUGAAAUACAAUGAUAUAAACUUAUGCUAUGGGGGAGCAGUUGGUGAAGGUGGAUAUGCUGGAUAUGGAGGUACCAGUAGGAGAUUACGUAUAUUUGAGAUUGAUGACAAGAAUAACACUAUUCGGACGUGGAAGAGACUGCAGACGAAACCAGAGGAAACAUUUGACGAGGAGGUUCUUUUCGACGGAGCCAAAUUAUGA